UCAGCUAGCGGUGCUCACCGCCCGCAAAGCCGCAUGCGCCGUGCACGCCACAGGGGGCGAGCCGGAAGAAACGGCGGCCAUUCCCGGGGUCCUGGGGCUGGGAGCAGGGCCUUGCAGAGCGUUGCGCAUGCGCACGGACCAAGGCCCAAACAGGCCGCUGCAGCGUUCAACGCACGCGCCUUCUCCCGGAUCUCAGCCGGCGAAGAUGCGGACCUGUCCUCUGGAAUCCAGACGACAUACACACGCGUGCGCUUGCUCAUCGGUUUGUCGCGGUGAAACGCCAUCGGUCCAGAGGAAGGAAAAAGAGACGAACCGGAAGUCGUGCUAAGCCCUCUCCUCCCCUUGGCACUGACGGAAACUGAAGCCCAGUUAGAGCGGUUCCGGAUCUUGCCUGGCCCGGAGGAGGAGAAAUGGAGACCCGGACCGAGGACCCAGGACCGACCCGCGGCCUGACGCUGACCUCGUCCUGGGAUGCGGCGUGCGGGGCCCUGGCCCGGAGCCUUCUACCAAUCUGGGCUGGCCUCGGUGGCCCCGACUCGGACUGGGAGCGGCUGCUGGCACCUCCUGCUCCGGGCCAGGAGCUGGUGAAUCUGAAGAGCAGCCCUGGCCCCGGAGGUGAAAGCCCCUGCUUCCUUUACCUAAGGAGUGGGCCUAAUGGAGGUGAAGAGAUCCUUUCGGUUGGCGUUCUGAGUUCAGCAAGGAAUAUGGAAGUAUACCUAGGGGAGGAGUACUGUGGAACUAGUCGGGGCAAGAAUGUCUGCACUGUCCUGGAUGACAGUGAACAUGAGGAGAUUCUUUUGUACAAAAAAUAUCUAAAGUUGCAGUCUUCCACACAUGCCUGCAAAAUAAAGUUGCUGUCCUUUGGUGAAAAGCAGUCUGUGUUCAUCAGUAAAGUUGUGGUACACGUGAGACCAAGUUCAGCAAGUCCUUCACCAAACCCUCCAACUCUAGGAUCCAGGAUAGACCUUGACAAUAUCCAAACUAUAAUGGAGUCCAUGGGAUCAAAGUUAUCACCUGGAGCUCAGCAAUUGAUGAAUAUGGUUAGGUUUCAGCAGCAGAACUGCAUUCCCACUGGAGAGCAGCUUCCGUCGCUUUGGGCAACUACUGGACACAAGCACAUGGUUGCGCUGCAGCCUUCGCCUAAGGGAGUCUCAGACAAACCGUCCUCUACGCCUUUUCCUUUUAGAACUGGAUUGACAUCCUCAGAUGUGACUGAAAAUUUAAAGACUUUCCUUGGUAAAAGCACAGAGCCACCUGCUGAAGGAAACAUUACAAACCACGAGUGUAAAAUGGUACCAGAAAAUCAUUCCCUUCUUAAAAGCGCAACAUCUUCUUUCCUACCAAAGAAAGCAAGUGAUAACUCAAAUAUCCCCAACUCUGAGUUGCUGCCUUUUCUCCAGAACUUAUGUAGUCAAGUUAACCAUCUCCGUGUGGGACAUAACGCCAGGUGGCAACAGAACAUCUCCAGGCCCCAAGAAGGUGUUGUCAGUGUUGCGAUGGAAGAACAGCCCAUCUGUUCCUACUUGGAAAAGGUUCUUUCUAAAAAUAUGGAACUGAUGGAAAAGAAGCUUAUGGACUACAUUGAUCAGAGAAUCUACAACCUCCGGGAGCACAUAGAUGCUAAGAUUGCUUUGUUAGUGGACUUGCUCCAGAAUCCCAACUCCCCACCUUCUGGGAUGGCACUGAGACAUUAUGACUCCAGAGAAAGGCUUUCUAAUGGGGAAAGAUAGGCUCGCCACAUGUACAGUGAACUGCAGAUAUUUAUUUCAUAUUUAUUACAAAGCCCAAACCCAAAAAGUUUAUGAAAAGCAGCAAGUAUUUGCUGUCUUUUGAAGGAGCAUUGUCUGGCAGUGACCUCAGUGCUCAUUUUUACUGGGCUUGUGACCACAGGUCCAGUGCUACACACCGAGAGCUAACAUGGUGGCCCUAAGUUAUUUUGCUUGCUAUAUUUUUUACUCUUAAAGAAAUGUUUGUAUAUUUGUGUUGCUUAAGUCUUUAGAAUGUUUAAGAAUUUCUGAUGCAGCUCAUUAGUGUGUAUUGUAUAUUACCAAUGUGUUUGAAGUGAAUUUUUUAUUUAUACAGAUAUUUUAUAGUCUCAGGAGUGUGAAAAAUAAUGCUUAGAAUAUUUGAUAUUUUUCUUUUCUAAUUAUUUUUGGAAAAUUGAAUACUUGGAGCCUCUAACUCAGAUUACCAACUUACAUUUUGUAUUGUUUCCCUGAGAUGAAUAAAUACAGCGUUUGGCAUGUUUAGUGCUAGUUUACACCGAAUACUGUUUGUUUCCUUACAGUGUAGCUGUAGGUUAGAAAGUAGUAAUCAGAGCCAGAGUGUUCAUUUUCAGUCUUCCUGCUUUGGGUAAAACAGAAGCAUUUGUCUUGUUUGAUCUCAGCCCCAUUUCUGGAACUGAUAAGGGUUCUUACCCCAGAGUCCUUUCUAGCAUGUUUAAUGCAUGACAUUCUGAGAAUCUGAGAUGAGGGUUCAGAUAGAUCAAGCAAGGGGAAUGCAAGUCUCCAGCAGGCUUAGUUUCAGAACUUACAGCCAUUGUGUAUGUGCUGAAGGGUGAUGUGUCUGCAUCCCCAAAUAAAUACGUCCACUGCAGUCUGUUUGUAAGUUAAUGGAACUCUUAUUUUCAAUUUUUUAAUUACUUUUUUUUUCUAAGAAGGGAUUUUUCAUACCCAUCUAUUUUGUUCUUUUGAUAAUUGUUUAUUUUCAUCAUCCUGCAAAGGUGCCACAGUGUGGAGAACACAGCACACUCUUGCUGGUCUUUUAUGAGCCAGUAUUAAUGGGUCAGUCAUAGCAUUUGCAGGGCUGACAUUUCCUAAUCGAGAAAUCUCACUCAAGCUCCACCCAACAACUCAUGGUCUUGAAGCUUCUGGUAGUAGUGUCUUCACUGAUUCGCAGAGUGUUGUCCAUGACUUAGGCCCCCAUAGGUCAUCAUCUAGGGCUCCCCGCCUGGUUCUGCAGGAUCAAACUACACUCCUAAGUGAGACUUUUUUUUUUUUUGGUCUUUCUGAGACAGGGUCUCCCUGUAGCCCCAGCUGGCCUAGAACUCACAGAGAUCCACAUGCCUCUGCCUCCCGAGUCCUGGGAUUAAAGGCGUGAGCUAUCAUGUGAGGCCUUGGCAAUAUCUCCAUCUCACCCUUCCAGCAUCACUUCCUGCCUGGCUCUGCGUCCUCAUCUGUGGUCCUUGACUGCUCCUUUGUGACAGGACUGACCAUGGAGCAGGAAGGGGUCAGAGGGAAGAUCUUACAGAAUAAGAACUGUAAAAGGUGGGAACUUAGAGCGGAUAAACCACACAGCUUCUGUAACCGUGUAAUUGAGUUGAAGAAGGAAUCCUUUCUCCAACAGCCUGAAGUUGAGAGCUAGAACAACUCACAUUCCUAACAACUUAGCUCACAGCUGUGUGUACGUACCUGUAUGCUUCCUGGCUCACAGUUACAGGAAGGUAGAGAGAAAUGGUCCACACCUGCACACCCCGACCCCCCCACCUCCAUUCUGGUCAAAACUGUAAACCCAUUUCUUGACCAAUUUCUGUCUCUCCUCUUUGUGGAAGUGGCUGGUAACGCCUCCAGAUCCUGGGAACAGCUUCCCAUGGGUCCAUAAACAUUAGAUUAGGCUUUGUAGGGGAAGAAACCCAGCCUUAACUGCAGAUGCCAUGCUUGACAUGAUUUGCACCAACACAACAAAGAAAUGAAAUAUACUUGUCAAGCAGCCCUGGUCAAAAAUAACCUGUGUAACCUCAUACUGCACUCCCAGAUUUAAAGUAAGACCCACUGAGAAGAGCCUGUAGAGUGUGACUCGAGCAGCACCCCCUCGGUGCUGUUAGCACUUCUGCUCCAUAAUA